GAGCCGAGCUCGGUCCAGCCUCCGCCACCGCCGGCCCGCGGCCCCCGCGCCCGGCCCGAUGCCGGCCGAACUCAGACAGGAGCAGAGCCCCGGCAGCCAGGCCUCACUGGCCGCGAUGCCAGAGGCACCCGAGGUGCUGGAGGAGACAGUGACGGUGGAAGAGGACCCCGGCACCCCCACCUCCCACGUGUCCAUCGUGACAUCCGAAGACGGCACCACUCGGCGCACCGAGACCAAGGUCACCAAGACGGUCAAGACCGUGACCACGCGAACGGUGCGCCAGGUGCCCGUGGGCCCCGACGGCCUCCCGCUGCUGGACGGCGGCCCCCCGCCGGGCCCCUUCGCCGACGGCGCCCCGGACCGGCACUUCCUGCUGCGCGGGGGCGGCCCGGCCGCCGCGCUCUCCCGCGCCCGCCUCGCCGGCUUUCCCGACGAGCCCCGCGCCGCCCCCGGCUACGGCAGCCUGCCCCGCGGGCCGGGCGUGCGGCCCCCACGCGGAGGCGCCCCGGGCCCCGGCGACGGCCGCUUCACGCUGCCCGGCCGCCGGGAGCCCUUCCCCGCGGGCCCCGAGCCUGGGCCGCCGGCCGGCCGCUCCCAACCCGAGCGCUUCCAGGCGGAGCCGUAUGGCCUGGAGGACGACGCUCGCAGCCUGGCCGCGGACGACGAGGGGGGCCCGGAGCUGGAGCCGGACUACGGCACCGCCGCGCGGAGGAGGCCGGACUGCGCGCGGGGCCUGCGCCCCAGGGCCUACGAGGACGUGGCGGAUGAUGGCGGCGAGCUGAUGGAGGAGCGGCCCCCCUUCCUGGCCGCGACUGCACCCCUGGCCCAGCCGGAACGCGGCAGCCUGGGCAGCCUGGACCGGGCGGUGCGGCGCUCCCCCUCGGUGGACAGUGCCCGCAAGGAGCCGCGCUGGCGGGACCCCGAGCUGCCCGAGGUGCUGGCCAUGCUGCGGCACCCCGUGGACCCCGUGAAGGCCAACGCGGCCGCCUACCUGCAGCACCUGUGCUUCGAGAACGAGGGCGUCAAGCGCCGCGUGCGACAGCUGCGGGGGCUGCCACAGCUCGUGGCUCUGCUGGACCACCCGCGGGCGGAGGUGCGGCGCCGGGCCUGCGGGGCGCUGCGCAACCUCUCCUACGGCCGGGAUGCGGACAACAAGGCCGCCAUCCGGGACUGCGGCGGCGUGCCCGCCCUGGUGCGCCUGCUGCGGGUUGCCCGGGACAGCGAGGUCCGCGAGCUCGUCACAGGCACCCUCUGGAACCUGUCGUCCUACGAGCCCCUGAAGAUGGUCAUCAUUGACCACGGCCUGCAGACGCUGACCAGCGAGGUCAUUGUGCCGCACUCGGGCUGGGAGCCAGAGCCCAACGAGGACUCCAAGCCUCGGGACGCCGAGUGGACGACUGUCUUCAGGAACACGUCGGGCUGCUUGAGGAACGUGAGCUCGGAUGGUGCAGAGGCCAGGCGGCGACUCCGUGAGUGUGAGGGGCUGGUGGACGCACUCCUGCACGCCCUGCAGUCGGCCGUGGGCAGAAAGGACACGGACAACAAGUCGGUGGAGAACUGCGUGUGCAUCGUGCGGAACCUCUCCUACCACGUGCACAAGGAGGUGCCGGGGGCCGGCAGGUACCAGGAGGCCGAGCCUGCGCCCCCAGGCGGUGCCGUGAGCGCCCAGCGCCGGAGGAGGGAGGACGCCGGAUGCUUUGGUGGCAAGAAGGCCAAAGGGAAGAAGGAUGGUGAGAUGGACCAGAACUUUGACACUCUGGACUUGCCCAAGCGGACGGAGGCCGCCAGAGGCUUUGAGCUCCUGUACCAGCCCGAGGUGGUGCGCCUCUACCUGUCCCUCCUGACGGAGAGCCGGAACUUCAACACCCUGGAGGCCGCGGCCGGCGCCCUGCAGAACCUCAGCGCCGGCAACUGGGUGUGGGCCACGUACAUCCGCGCCACGGUGCGCAAGGAGCGCGGGCUGCCGGUGCUGGUGGAGCUGCUGCAGUCGGAGACCGACAAGGUGGUGCGCGCCGUCGCCAUCGCCCUGCGCAACCUCUCGCUGGACCGGCGCAACAAGGACCUCAUCGGGAGCUACGCCAUGGCCGAGCUCGUGCGAAACGUGCGCAGCGCGCAGGCGCCCGCGCGGCCCGGGGCCGGUCUGGAGGAGGACACGGUGGUGGCCGUGCUCAACACCAUCCACGAGAUCGUGUCCGACAGCCUGGACAACGCGCGCUCGCUGCUGCAGGCCCGCGGCGUGCCCGCGCUGGUGGCGCUCGGCGCCUCCAGCCAAUCGGCGCGCGAGGCGAAGGCCGCGUCCCACGUGCUGCAGACGGUGUGGAGUUACAAGGAGCUGCGUGGAGCCCUACAGAGGGACGGCUGGACCAAGGCGCGCUUCCAGUCGGCCGCCGCUAACGCCAAGGGCCCUAAGGCAGCACCGAGUCCCGGAGGCUUGGACGACAGCACGCGGCCGCUGGCGGACAGGGGCCUGGACAGCGAGAAGCCAGGCAGCCAGGACGUGAUCCCCAUGGAGGCACUCGGCCCAGAGUCCCCUCCGGCCUCCACCCCGCAGACGGCUACUCCACCGUUGACCAAAGGGAGCGCAGGGCUCGAGGCAGUGACCCUGCAGGGGAGACCUCUGAGAAGGAACCGUGGAACCCCGAGCCCGGCAGGAAGGCUCCUCCUCCCGGGCCCAGCAGGCCCGCGGUCAGGCUGGUGGACGCUGCGGGGGACUCUAAGCCUCAGCCUGUUGACUCCUGGGUCUAGCUUGCAUGCCUGGGCCUGGGCCCAGCCGUUUGCUCUUAGGGUCUGGUCUCAGAAGAAGGGAGCUCGGGGAAGGACCGCCAGGCAGCCUGCGCAGACCCCGCCGUGGAGCUGGGAGCCCGCCGGCGGCUGGGGUGGGCCGCGCCCCUCUCCCUGGAGCCGCGGGUUCUGGACGCGCCUGCCCUGCCGCCCGCGCUCCCCCCGCCUGACUCCCGGGCGAGGUCGUUUACUGACGUGGUGCUGUGUGCGCGUGGGAGCCCGGCGGGGGCGGCCCCGGGACCCUGCAGCAGGGCGAGGAGGGGGCUCGGCUCAGGGAGCCUGACCCUGAGGGUGGAGGGGCUUCCCUGGGCCCCGAGUUGGGGGCCCACACAGGGAGGCUUUGGAGGCAGCGCGCUGGGGGUCAGGCUGUGCUUGCCCCCCGACCCUGGAGG